AUGAUGAUGAUGUCCCUGAACAGCAAGCAGGCGUUCAGCAUGCCGCACAGCGGCAGCCUGCACGUGGAACCCAAGUACUCGGCACUGCACAGCGCCUCGCCCGGCUCCUCCGCGCCCGCGGCGCCCUCAGCUAGCUCCCCUAGCAGCUCGAGCAAUGCUGGCGGCGGUGGUGGCAGUGGCGGGGGCGGCGGAGGCCGUAGCAGCAGCUCCAGUAGCAGUGGCAGCAGCGGCAGCAGCGGCGGGGGCUCCGAGGCGAUGCGGAGAGCGUGUCUUCCAACCCCACCGAGCAAUAUAUUCGGCGGGCUGGAUGAGAGUCUGCUGGCCAGAGCCGAGGCUCUGGCGGCCGUGGACAUCGUCUCCCAGAGCAAGAGCCACCACCACCACCCGCCCCACCACAGCCCCUUCAAGCCGGACGCCACCUACCACACCAUGAACACCAUCCCGUGCACGUCGGCUGCCUCUUCUUCGUCGGUGCCCAUCUCGCACCCAUCCGCGCUGGCGGGCACGCACCAUCACCACCACCACCACCACCACCACCACCAUCAGCCGCAUCAAGCGCUUGAGGGCGAGCUGCUGGAGCACCUGAGUCCCGGGCUGGCCCUGGGUGCCAUGGCUGGCCCUGACGGCGCCGUAGUGUCCACGCCAACUCACGCGCCGCACAUGGCUACCAUGAACCCCAUGCACCAAGCAGCGCUCAGUAUGGCCCACGCGCAUGGGCUGCCCUCACACAUGGGCUGCAUGAGCGACGUGGACGCCGACCCCCGGGACCUGGAGGCAUUCGCGGAGCGCUUCAAGCAGCGACGCAUCAAGCUGGGGGUGACCCAGGCCGAUGUGGGCUCCGCGCUGGCCAACCUCAAGAUCCCUGGCGUGGGCUCCCUUAGCCAGAGCACCAUCUGCAGGUUCGAGUCCCUGACGUUGUCGCACAACAACAUGAUCGCGCUCAAACCUAUCCUGCAAGCGUGGCUCGAGGAAGCCGAGAAGUCCCACCGCGAAAAGCUCACCAAGCCCGAGCUCUUCAACGGCGCGGAGAAGAAGCGCAAGCGCACCUCUAUCGCCGCGCCAGAGAAGCGUUCGCUGGAAGCCUACUUCGCCAUCCAGCCGAGGCCCUCCUCGGAGAAGAUUGCUGCCAUCGCGGAGAAGCUGGACCUUAAGAAAAAUGUGGUGCGCGUCUGGUUCUGCAACCAGAGGCAGAAACAGAAAAGAAUGAAAUAUUCUGCGGGCAUUUAG